CGCAUCACGUCAUGGUGCCGUUACUGUCCAAGAUGGGAGUAUAUGCGUGGCAAUAUCACAGAGUAUUUGCUGAAGGGAGAAGGUGGGGGAGCGCAAGAUUGAUCUGAAAACACAACUUUGUACUUCUCCAUUCAGUUUGGCUCCUUUUCACCAGACAUUUUAAUAACUGAAUAUUAAAAACACCACCAACAAGAAUGCCUUGGAUUGCACUCAAGAUCUGAAUAAGCAGGUUUGGUUAUAUCUUGGAAACUUCACCAUAUUCGUGCUGCACUGUGGGAAAUCAAGCAGAAUUUCCUUAUCAUAACUGAAACGUACUGACAGGAAGAAAAAAAGUAGAACGCUAACAUUCACUGAAAGGCCAGUGACAUGAGUUCUUCUGAAGAGUUGAAACAGAUGGACAGGAGCAGACAUCAGAAGCAUUGUCAGAAGUGUGGGAAGUCUUUCAGUCGGAUCUGUAGUCUAAGAAGACAUGAACUCACUCACACUUCAGAUAAACUGUACAGCUGUGAAGAAUGUGGCAGCAGCUUCAGCCAGCUAAAUGCAUACAAGCUACACUUGCAUACCCACACUGAAGAAACACCAUACAGCUGCGAUCAGUGUGGGAGGAAUUUCAGCAACCAGAGUUCAUACAGAAAACACCUGCGUGGCCAUGCUGGACCAUAUCAGUGUGACCAAUGUGAAAAGACUUUCAUUUACUUUAGUAUUUACAAGAUACAUAUGCGUGUCCAUACAGGAGAGAAACCAUACAGCUGUGACCAGUGUCCAAAAAGUUUCAGUUUUUUAAGUUCUUACAAGCGACACCAGCUAAGCCACAGUGGAGAGAAGCCUUACCAGUGUGACUUCUGUGGCAAGAGUUUCACUCAGUCAGGCCAUUUCAGUCUGCAUCUCCGUAACCACACUGGAGAGAAACCAUAUGUGUGUGACCAAUGUGACAAAAGUUUCAGUGACUUAAGUAGUUAUAAGAUACACCUGCGUGUCCACACAGGAGAGAAACCAUACUGCUGUGACCAGUGUGGUCGAAGUUUUUCACAGUUAGGUAAUUACAAAUCACAUAUGCGUAUCCACACAGGAGAAAAACCAUUCCGCUGUGAACUAUGUGACAAAAGUUUCUCGAUUUCAAAAACAUACAAACAGCAUGUGCAUACCCACACUGGAGAGAAACCAUACCAGUGUAAAGAAUGUGGAAAAGGUUUUGGUCGACUGAGCAACUAUAUGCGCCAUGUUCGUAUACACACUGGAGAGCAACCGUAUAGCUGUGACCAAUGUGGCAAAUCUUUCAAUAGUUCAUAUAGUUAUAGCCGGCAUCUGCGCGUUCACACUGGAGAGAAACCAUACUGGUGUUCACAGUGUAAGAGACUGUUUACCCGAUCACAGUCCUUAAAGAAACAUCGCUGUGUUGAAAUAGAUGAAGAGAGUUCGACUCUGUGUAACAAAGAAAUCCAAUUCAUCUGCUCACCUACUAAUGACAACCAACAAGAACCAACAAAUUAAACUACAGUGUAUGUUCUUGGUGAUGAAGGAAUAUGUCACCCAGUGCAAUGGUGUGAGUCACUGAUGUGUAGUUUUAGUAUGAGUUUUUGGACAGUAAUAGAACUCUGUGGUUCAGAUACGUGUGGCUUUGGAUGUAAAUAAAAGGCAGACACAGACAGACACAUUGUUUACCUUUUUAACCAGUUUUGUCACGUGAGAACACAUCCCAUCAGGAUCCUGGAUUCAUUAAGAAAAUCACUGUCAGUAUCACAGGAACAAAGACCUGCCCACUGUGAUAAGAUUCAAGCCAGAGGAAUUUGACUUUGCCUUUGUGUUAAUUUCAAGUUUAUUUGAGAUGAAAAUAUGAAAAGUAUGUUUAUUUGAAAGCAUAUACUAUUGAAGAUAAAUGUAGUAAUGGAUAUGUGUGAAGUAUAUUUAGGUGUUAUUUAAUUCUCAAUAGUUUGUUUUUUCUGUCCUGUAUUUAAAAUUGUAUAAUACACAAUUAUACAAAAUAUCUUUAUGCAGUUGUACAAGUAAUUAAAUUUAUCCUGAUGCAUUACUGUUAUUUUGUCCAAAAGACUGCAUGUUUACUUUGUUAACCCUAAAUGUUUUUGGGUAGUACUGUAUAGUUGUUGUUAGUAAAGGUUGUUCCAAAAUACAGCUUCAACUCUCUAGAACAUUAGUGUAGAUGUUGAUGACAGCUCCAGGAACACCUAAAAACAAACAAACAAAAAUGUUAUUGUGAGGACAGUGACAUCAUCGGACAAUAUUUUCUGGAGAUUGAUGUCCAUCACAGCACUUCUUUUACUAUUAUGUGGGUAAUUACAAGAAAGCCACAGAAACUCACAAAACAGCACACUAUGGUUGUGACUGUGUUGUAGAUUGUGUAUAGUUUUCAAUCUUGUGCUGCAACAGAGGAUGAAAAAUAAAAGUCCCCAGUGAAAGAAUAUAUGACCAUGCACUGUUAUACAAAUGAUUGAACUAAUGAAGUCUAAAAUAAAAGCUUCAAAUGUGUAAGGACUGAAAACAUUAAUAACGCAUCACAGCUUGUCUUAGAUCAGUCUCAGUUGAUUAUAGUUAAUUGAUUAAAUAAAUAUCAUUAAUGAAUGAAUUGCUCUU